AUGAAAAGACCAAGUUCCGCAAUUAGACCCCCAAUUAAGGAAACUGUUGUAAAGCAAAAAACUGUUAAAAUUUCUGAAAGUAACUACAGUACAAAGUAGUCUAAAGAUGAAAACACUAAAAUCUAACCCAAACAAAUGCAACCAGUAAAAAGCUCUAUAGCUCUAAAGAAUAUAAAUCAAGACUUAAAAUCAGAUCUCAGAGUUUAAAAAACUGAAAAAUUGACUUAAAAAUAUUCUCAAAAAGCGAUUCCAAAAGCAACUAAUGCCAAUCAAGAAAAUAAAGUUGUGAACCAAUAGCAAUAGAGUACUCCUCAAGAUAUUUAAGAUAGAGCAAAAGUGAUUAGUGAUCCUUAGAAGAAACUAAAAAUGGUUGAGAACUCUAUUGAGGAGGAUGUGAGAAUAUUUAAAAACUAAAGAAGUAAACUAAUAUAAUGGUAUUUCUCCAAUCUUAAACUCUAGCAAUCCUAUGAAGUCUAGUCUAAAUAGGCCAGGGUAAUUUUCUUUGCUUAAUAAAGUUUAUUAAUAGGAGGAGAUAUUCGAUAGAUUUAUGCAGUUUUACUAACUUCAGUAGGAAAACUUUGA